AAGUUUGUGACCCGGAGCAGCGGGGAGCUUGGGCGACUGUGCACCGGAGCCGCCAUGGUGUCUUCCUACAAUGUGGUGUUACUGGUGGAUGCCGCAGACUCGGCCUCGAAGGACCGGAUUAAAUUGCUGUCCCUGAGGCUGCUCAACUACCUGACGUGUCGGGUAGGCCUCGGACAAGUCCGCUGGAGUUAUCGCUUCCUGAACUCUUCGGGGGGCCGCUGUAGACCUCCCCGUCGUUCGGAGUUGAGGGAGCUCGGGCCUCGCAGCUGGGAUGAAUUCGAGGAGGAGCUGGAGGCCUGCUGGGAGGGAGGCCGGAGCAGCCGAGCCUCAAGUAAUACCGCCAAGCCGGCCGUGGUGAGGGGGCGCCGGGGGAGGCUGAUCUCCGUGGAGGAGCCUCUGAAGGCUGAGCCCCAGGCCGGCUGUAAGAACGCCGUGUUCCUCCUCUCUCCCUGUCCGCACACCCGGGACCAGCUCCGACACUUCACCGCCGCCUCCGGACAGGACAUCGGCCUCCAACAGCUGAUGGACAGACUUCUGCCCCGGGGCCUGCAGACCAUCGCCACCAGCAAGAGGGUCACUCUGUACUGGCUGGACACCUCCGACUGGGCUCAGAUUUGGGAUUCCUGUGAUCAUUAUGGGUACUGGAAAAUGGUGGAAUUGAUGCAGUUGGUUGGUGGUAGAAUUUUGCCAUCUGAGCCUUUGUUGGAACCUGCACUCCAGCAAGUGUCAGCGAGGCCUCACGCUCAUGGAUCACCGUUAAAGAUUCCUUGUGAUUCUGUGCUGAGUUCUGUAAUCGGCAACGAUUGGGAAAUGAAAAGCCGAUUUCCUCAGCAGAAUGGCACUUUGUAUUUUACAGCAGCUGGUGGAAUGGAGAAGUGGGAAUGUGCUGUUCAUUUGGAACCUGUUUCUGUAAAUCAGAAACACUUCAAGAGUUUAAUUAAAAUCAUUUUAAAAGGAACAAUUCAAAACUGGAAAUGGCAUCAAAUGGGUGGUUUCUCAUUGGACACCUGGGUUCUUCAAAAUGUGCCCAACAGUUGUCAGACACCGAGCUUACCCUUCCAGCAGUUGCUUUCUGCUGCCACGUCCAAAGGGCUGCUCUUGCACUCCCCUGAGGCUGGUGACGCCGCGGCUACGGUCGGGGGAGUCUUCCUACCGUUUCCCUACUCGUCCUGGAUCCUGGUUGUGGAGUCCGGCCUUCGCUCUGCGGGGGUAUGUGUGUGGGGUCUGCGGUGGAUGUGUCGUGGGGACCUGGAGCUGAGUCGGUGGGGUGGUUUUGUGCGGGUGUGCAAUGUUCGCAGGGAUGACGCCCCUACAUUGCCUUGUGUGGGCUGUGGGCAGCGCUCUGCGGACCCCUCUAGAUCCCCUCUUGUGCGUCCUGUACACCUGCGCUGCCUUUGCCAGUCGCCCGUGCGUCCCUCUGGUUAUUCAGGGGAGGUGGGGGGUACCGCAUUGUCCCUGGAGUCCUUUUCCUCUGUCACGGACGGUUUUUGUAACGCGCAUGGAGCGCGCCUUGACGCAGCGGCCACCUGGAAAGCGGGCUUUUACCCUUGCCAUCCCCUGCCUUGUCAGGGGAGUCUGAAGUGGAGGGGGAACUUCCCGCGACGGCUGAGGCACUUUUGUGGUCUCUGCCUCGGGCGCGCUCAUGCGUCUGGUCUUGGCGUCUGCUUUGGUCUCUCAGACUCUGAGUGGGCUAAGAUGUUACAUCAGGGGCUUGCGGAGGAGAAUGUCUCCCCCGUUUUCGUGGAAUUGGCGGACCAGUUAGUGCAAGGCCUUCGCGAUGUCUGCAAUUCGGCCUUGGAUGCGGCGCCCUUGGUGUCCAAGGUGUCCAAGGUGUCGGCGGUGAUACUUCGCCGUUCGCUCUGGCUUGAAUGCUGGUCGGCUGAUAUGGCUUCCAAACAGGCUCUACAGGUGUUGCCUUUUACUGGGGACCGUUUGUUUGGUUCCACCUUGGAUGGGAUCAUUGAGGAUCUGGCAGGGGGUGAGAGUGCCUUCCUUCCCCAGGCGCGCAGGAAGGAGCAGCGCCGUAGGCCUGGGCCUACUUUCUCCGCUCACAAGCGGCUUUUUUCGCCCCCCGACAAGGGCGGGUGGGGGGGCACCUUCAGCUCUUUGCGGAUUUUUGGUUGGCCCACGUUUCCGACUCUCUUGGGUCCGGGAGCUGGUUUCUUCGGGCUACAGUAUCGAGUUUUCUGUCCCGUCCGGGAAAACUGUUUUUCCCGUCCAACACGCGACUCGGAUCUCCGUCGCGCUGGGGUGGACCUUUUGUCCCAGGGGGUGAUUGUGCCAGUUCCGUCCUCAGAGAGGGUCAAAGGGUUUUAUUCAAACCUAUUUACUGUGCACGAGAAAGAGGGAGUGUGGCCCAUCCUGGACCUCAAGCGUUUGAACACCUUCGUGCGGGCCCGUCGGUUCCGGAUGGAGUCGAACGGGUCCGUGGCGGCCUGGCUUCGUCAGGGAGAUCUUCUGGCCUCCAUCGAUAUUCGGGUUGCAUACCCUCAUGUACCCGUUUGCGAGUCUCAUCAGCGGUCCUGGGUCUCAUGGGGCCUCCUUCGAGGCGGUGCCCUUUGCGCAACAUCAUGCCAGGACUCUGCGGGGAACAUCCUGGUUGCAGAGGUAAUCACAGGGGAUGAAUUGUCUCUGAAUACCGGCAUCCUGUCUCCAAUUUCUGGAACUGCAGCAGUUCUUAGUGUAAUCAGGAGUGGUGAAUCUCUAAAACUUGACAGUUCUUAUCUCGAUGAAACUGGAAAGGAAUGCAGUGAAGAAAUUUCAUCUGAUCUCCCAGAUAUUGUGAACAGCGUCCUUCGCCAUGUUUAUAGGUCCGAUGAGAGCAUAAAGUCACCGGAUGUUGCUAUGCCAGAGUGGAUUAAACAAGAAUUGUCACAAAGCAGUCAUUGGAGCUCUUCAGUUAUUGAGAAAUGGUACCCAAUAUCUGGAACCUCUGGGGCUAGCAGCAAUUUAAUGGAAUCCUUUAGGCUGAUAAGUGCAGCAUCAUUUGAUCAAGAUGAGCACAGAUAUGAUCAAGACAUAACGCAUAAUUUGUCAGAGGGCUAUCAAAAGAAGUCAAGUGAGGAGUCCGGAAGCAUGACCCAAGGAGACAACCGAAAGAAGCGUCUUCCUCGUACUCCUGUGAGGCAGAAGAUGAAGACCAUGCCCCGUGCUCUGCAAAUGUUAAAUGCAGCCAGAUUAAAUUCAAAGGCUCAAAAAUCACAGCCGGAGGGUGCACCCGCUGCUCCAGUUGAGAAGAGCUCACAAGGAAAGCGAAGAUCUUCAGAGAAGCCUGAGCCUCCAACUAAGAAACCAACAGGUUUCAAGUCGGAGGAUGAGUUGAUUUCCUUUGUAAAAGAGGAGUAUGAUAAAGUGGUGUCUGGAGAAGAUGUUUUGUUGCAGUCAUGUGCCAGGAAUGCCUUUACCACCGUUAAAUCUUACCUGAAGACCGUAAGCAGCACACAAGUAGAGGCUGACUGCAUAGAUAAAAUCAGGCAUCUCAUGAAGACCAGCAAAAUGAUUCGCCAGCUUUAUGGACAGAAUCCAGACAAAGAAGCCAAGCUCCGAGAAUGUCGGAUGCAAGCUCUGCUCAGACUGGAAAUGUGUGUACAGUGCUCUUCAGUACUGGCUAAUGAGGAUGAACUGGAGCAAGUUGUUGAAGAGGUAACGGACAUGCUACGGAUUAUUUCUCUGACAGAAGAUCCAUCCUUCUUGACAACAUUUCUGGCAACUGUCCUGGCAGAGUACAUAGGAAGCAUACCCAAAAUCCUGUCGGAUAUAUAUUUUAGCCUUGGCACGCAGAUUCCUGAAGAGCUGGCGUUAGUUCUUCCUUUAGAUUCCGAUGACUCCUUCAUACGUGAGGGGAAGACGCCCAUGUAUUCUCAGCCAUCCAUUUCCAGGGUUCCAAGUGUACCUCAGGUAGCUAAUGAGGAAGAUCAACUUGAAGAGCUUCGGACCAGAUCAGCUAAGAAAAGAAGGACAAGCACUGUGGCACGACACAGAAGUAUAACUGAUUCGUCUCAAACUCUGAGGCAAAUUGACGUCACAAAGAAGCAAAAGAAUAAGGAGACCACUAAUCUCAAUCCUGUUAUAAUGGUGGAGAAACUAAAGUUACCACUGCCAGAACAGCCACAGAAAGAAGCUGAAGCCACAAAAGUGAGAAGGAAUUUAUUUGUCCAAGAGAACCGAUCACCCACAAGAAGAAGCAGGAUGCCAAGGAGCCAGUCUGUUUCUGCAGUGGAAGGCUUGAAACAUAAACGAAGCAAGACUCACGAUGGCACUAGAGAUCAUCACAAGCUAUUAACAAAGAAGGUAACUGAGACCCCCAUGCACAAACAGAUUACCAAUAGACUGCUCUACAGGCAGAUUAAAGGCCGGUGCAGCGAGUCUACAUCUGAUAUCGGCAUUGUUGAGGAAUCUCCAGAGAAGGAUAUAAAAGAUGUGCGUAGGAGCCCCCGCAUUAAGCAGCUGUCCCUUACAAGAAGAAACUCUUCGUUCUAUGCGUCACAGCCAAAAUCACGCAAUCUGGAGAGGGUUAAUUCAGCCAGCCAGCAGCUCCUUGCUGGCCAUAUGGGAAGUGGGCACAGCAAUGAAGCAAAAACUCCUAAACGUUUACUUUUUGGUGAGGUGCUUGGAUUGACCAGUCCACCGACGAGGAAGGCGAGAAGAAAGCUACUGAAUGAUCCUGAGCUUUCGACACAGGAGAUGCCAGAAAAGCAUCAAAGGAAAACUCCAAGAAAAAUGUCACAGAAAGCGGAUUCAAACUGUGAAGAGUCAAUAGGAAGGAGGUUGUCGCAGAGAUCUCCCUGUACACCUGUACGUACUCCCAAAAGGCUUAAAACCCCUUCCAAGAGUCCACUGGAAAGGAAAAGUGCUAAAAACCUAGGAAUAUUUUUCUCCCCAUCUAAGCAAGAACAACAAUCUAUUUUGAAAUCCCCUGAAAGAAGAAGUGAACGAUUAGCGCACAUAACGCCUAGGAAAAGCGAUUCUCCAAGUAAAUGGCUUCGAUCUCCCUUAAAGACACUAAACCAACAGGUUACACCUCACAAAUGUAGAGCAGAAAGGCCACAAGACAAAGAGGUUUUCAAAAGCCCAGAGAAGACACCCAAAAGACAUUCAAACACUAAUUCUCCUGGAAAGCAAAGGCUUCAAAUGUCAUGCACCCCAAAGAAAUCCCUUCGAUUGCAAUGUUCAGAUGCAGAAACUGUUUCCACCACAAGUUAUCAACUUGGAACACCAGAGAGGUCUGUUUCACAAACGCCAAGGAAAUGUGUGGAGUGGAAGAGUUCUGUUAUAAUUCCUUUUGCUACAGAGCAUUCCCCUAGAAAACAUGCAGCUGAGGAUUCCAUGUCACCAAAAACCUCUUUCACUACAAGGUAUCAACUUCGUACACCACAAAAGUCCCUUUCGGCUAUUCAGCGAACGCCCACACCAAAGAAACACGUGGAGUGGAAGAGCUCUGUUGAGCUACCUUUACCUUCAGGGUCUACACCUAAAAAGUUAGAUCACUCGAUUAGAAAACAUGCCGCUGUGGAGGAUUCCAUGUCACCAAAAACCUCUUUCACUGCACGAUAUGAACUUCGUACACCACAAAAGUCCCUUUCAGCUAUUCAGCGAACACCCACACCAAAAAAACACGUGGAGUGGAAGAGCUCUGUUGUGCUACCUGCAGAAUCUACACCUAAAAAGUCAGAUCGCUCUCCUAGAAAACAUACAGCUGAAGAGGAUUCCAUGUCACCAAAAACCUCUUUUACUACAAGGUAUGAACUUCGAACACCUCAAAAGUCAUUUUCAUCUCUGUUGCAAACACCAAAGAAAUCGGUUGAGUGGAAGAAGUCUGUUUCUUUUCCUGCUGAAUAUACUCCUAAAAAGUCAGAUGGCUCUUGCUCCACAUCUCCAAAGACCACCAUUCUUUCCAUGCCUCCAUGCCUGCCAGUGCUUAAAACUGCUACAAUAUCACAGCCAGGCAAUAAACUGUUUCCCGAUUCAAAAAAUGGUAGUCCUCUUACCAAAAUAUUAAAUACUGGGGAAUGUACCCCUGGUAGAUAUUCUUUAGUUUCCAAACACACAUCACCUGUUCUGUCGAAAACGUUGCCAGCUGAACUUAAGGUUGUAUUGCCACGUUUGAAAAACAUUUCAGCAUGCAACAUUCCUUCGACUAAAAGUGAUGUUGUCUUGUGUGAAAGGUUGGAUGUUUCAUCCUUAGAAAGUUCAGAAGGUUCAGGAUCUUUUGUGAACACCUCACAGACAGAUGAAAGUAUUGAUAUAGCAGAAGCCAAAGUUGUGCCAACAGAAACCUGUGAUCUGAAAAUGAAACUGCUGAUUACGAGGAAGCCUUCUGAUGCUGGCAGUUUGCCAAGCACACCAAAGGGUCCAGGUAAUGUUCAGUGCACUUCACCAUACGGUCUACGCCAUACCGUUGACAGAAGGCAACGAGAAGCUGCAGCACGACUUGGCACUCCACAAAUUCAAUCUAAUUUCUUGACUCCAAAAAGUCAGAAGAAAACCAUUCCUCCCCCAAUUUAUGAAGUUCAACUUGAGAUGAGAGAGUCAGGUUUGCCUAAGCUUCGUUUUAAGAGGACAGAUUCGAACUCAACUGUUCAUAUGACCAGUGGAGUUGGAGUUGAAGACUCUCCAACUGUGUCUCGCACUAGGAAAGGAGAAGAGGUUCCUUUUGGUGAGACAUGGUGUAAUAAGCAUAUGAAGUUAGAACCGGGCUGUGCCUCUCCAUGCUUGCGGUCUUCCUACAACACGCCUGGCAAAAGUAGCCUGCAGACGUUCAUUUGCCAGUCUUACACACCUAAAAGGUGUGCUUCUAAUACUGCUUCCCCAACGCAAGCAGACGCUACAAGUCCUUGGACACCAUCCCCAAAAUACAAAGAAAAAAAUGGCAACGAUGUUAUUAAUAACUGGCCACGGAAAAAGAAAGCAUCUGCUGUGAAAGCUGCUAAUGUGCCAAAGGGAGAUAAAAAUCCGGACCAUAUAGUAAGCACAGCGUCGGCAGAAGAAGGGAGUCUAGAACAUGAUGCAAAUAAGGCUUCUCCUUUAAGUGACUUUGUGUUUGAUGGGGUCUCCAAACUUCAGGAGCUCUCUCCAGUCAUAGACUGGAAAGGUAAAAGUGAAAUUGGCGCAAUGACUUUGAAAUCUAGAAAGAGAUGCUUUGAACUCCUCUCUCCCUCAAAGGAUGCCCAGCCCAGUGGUAAACGAUCUUGUAUUUUGAGCAGUGCUGUUGAAGAUCUGGAAGAAUGUGUUAUUUCUUCAAGUCAAAGUCUAUCCUCGAACUUGAGUUUAUCACAGCAAAGUUCUGAAGAUGAUGUAUUUAGCAUUGCAGUCAUUACACCACCCACAAAGGUACCAAAAAGUUCCUUAUCUGCAAGUGGCCUGUUCUCACUUACUCAGUCACCAAUGCUGUUUAAAGGGAAAACACUGUUAUCCAAGAGAAAGAUGCAAGAUUGUGAAUCCCAGCAAAGUACUCCAGAGCAGAAAAGACCAACACUUCAGCCUAUUAACCCUGAUGACUCCCCUUUCAGCAGUGCCGCCCCUAAGCGUACCAUCAGCAGAACCUAUACACGCAAAAAGCUCAUCACAUGACAAGUUUGAUGUAAUGUUGAAAUUCAGCUGCUAAAAUAUCUACCAAGGG